GCCCCUCAGCUGGAGCGAGCGAACGGUGUCAGGCCAGGUGUUCGCGUCCGUCGGUCGGUCCGUGCCCUCGCUGGAGACCAGCCCUGGAGGCCGCCCGGGCCCGUCCCUGCGCCCGGCACCAUGAAGCAGGAGUCCGCAUCCCAGAGAACCGCGGCCGCCUCUCCGUCCCCAGAGCUCUCUGCGCAGCACCCCCGGGACGCCGGCGACCCUCCAGCGCUUUGGAUCUUCGGCUACGGCUCCCUCGUGUGGAGGCCAGACUUCGCCUAUAGCGACAGCCGUGUGGGCUUCGUGCGUGGCUACAGCCGCCGCUUCUGGCAGGGAGACACCUUCCAUCGGGGCAGCGACAAGAUGCCUGGCCGUGUGGUGACCCUCCUUGAAGACCAUGAGGGCUGCACUUGGGGUGUGGCAUACCAGGUUCAAGGUGAGCAGGUGAGCGAGGCCCUGAAGUACCUGAAUGUGCGGGAGGCAGUGCUCGGCGGCUAUGACACCAAGGAGGUCACCUUCUACCCCCAAGACACCCCUGACCAGCCACUCAAGGCAUUGGCUUAUGUGGCCACCCCCCAGAACCCUGGCUACUUGGGCCCUGCGCCUGAGGAGGCCAUUGCCACGCAGAUCCUGGCCUGCCGCGGCUUCUCAGGCCACAACCUGGAGUACUUGCUGCGCCUGGCAGACUUCAUGCAGCUCUGUGGGCCUCAGGCACAGGACGAGCACCUGGCAGCUAUCGUGGACGCUGUGGGCACCAUGCUGCCCUGCUUCUGCCCCACUGAGCAGGCUCUGGCGCUGGUGUGAGGGGCUGAGCCCUUGAGGGGGUGUCCAUGUGGACAUCGGGGCCAGGCCCUCACUGCACACAGACUUGAUACGAUUGGAGGCUACUGAGAGUGAGGGGACAAAGUGGGUGGCCGGAGACUUCUCUCCCUAAGCUCCCAUCUACCCGCCAACCUCCAGCUCUACCACUUGACACUGUCUUAUUACUUGAAACUUAAUUUAUUAUGCCAUGUUGGUGUGGUGGGCAGGAUGGGGGGCCUGCCCUGGACACAGGGGCCCUGCUGAGCAGUGGCCCCAUGCCAGAUCCCAGUACCUGACCAGACUCCCCCCAGUGCUGCUGCUAACCCUACAACACCCAGGUGGGGCCCUCCCCAAGGGUGCCUCCAAGAACCUUGACCCUCUGCCUGUCCAGAUCAACCAUUCUUUAGCCUCCGAAAUAACCACUUCCCUAAGGUCCCAGACCACUGAAUGAUGGACAGCAGGGACCAAGGAGAGGGGUCCCCCAAGAACUGAGGCCCCUGCCAGCCCUGCUCAGCCCCGCUCAGCCCCCAGCUCCCCAGGGCCGAGCUCGGUUUGAUGCCCAGACACAGCUGUUGAGGCUGGGCCAGGGUCUCUUACCCUUUGACAUCAUUUCCCUGUCACUCUGCCUGUCUGGGCCACUUCUGUCUGUCUCUUGGUUUAUUCCUGGGAAUCUCAUCACUACAGGCCCUGUGCCUUCUCAGUCUGUCUGUCCCAUACUGUUGUCCAUAAACAGAUCUCUUAUUAUCUGUGCUAUGCUGGAAUGUGGUUCUUUCUUUGGGGUAGUGGGGGGGAUGAGGGAGGUGGUGAAGCCCUGGAAGGCUUAGGAGGGGAAAAGGCUCCCUCUUCCUCCACUUCCUCCUUCUCAGGAAGGGAGCAUCUGAGCAGGCAGAACUGGCAGGUUAGCCACUCCUUGGGUGCCAUUUGCAUCUUAGUGCAUGUGAAUAAUGCCCUGGACUCAUGCCGAAUUCAACCCCUGUGGCUGUACUUGUAGCCUAUGAGCAGUGUCCAGGCCUGGGACCCUACAUCCCAGGAGGCUGGCAGGCUCAGGGCUCAGACCAGAGCCUCCCCAGCUGCUGCCUUUUCCUGACAGGUCGGCUCUGUGGCUUCCCUGCUGAAGGAGCAUGUGGGUUACGGUAGGGUGGCAACAAUUUCUGGUGUGACGCCGACAGCUGAUAGCAGGAGGCUCUGGCCUGGAGGACCUGGCCUGCCUUUGCCUUAGGAGAUCCAUCCAAGCGCUCACUGUCACCCCCUGUGCCUUCUCCAUUACCAGGAUGUGCCAGGCUCAUGCCGGAAUGAGCUGCCAGGAUGCCCUGGGGCUGCUCCUUGCUCAACCCAUGGCCCUCGCCUGCCUUCUCCUCCUGUCCUGGCCCACCGGGGCAGACCACAGACCCUAGGUUUCAGCCUGGCCCUGAACUCCUUAACUGGGAUGGCCCCUCAGCGGGCUCAGCCUCUACUUCUGGGGCUGCAGGGUGUGUUCAGGUCAAGAUUAUAGGCUUUAGCAGCAGGAAAACCUGGCUCCAAGCCAGCCCCUUCCCUUGCUGGCUGAGUGGCCUUGGGAAAAUCGUUCAACCCUCUGAGCAUCGGCUUACUGCCUGUGAGAGGAUGAUUGGUGGGUGAUGUGUGGAGGUGGCUGUGUGUUAUCGCUACUGUUGUGGCCAGUGCCCCGGAUUGGUCUGGGUGUCCCCAGCAGGGUCAGCUCCGACCAAGUUGGGCAACUUGUGCCCAAGGAGGGUACCCAUGGCUGGGUCGUGUGCCGAAGUUUCAGUGGCCUCGUGUCUUAGCCAGGAACGGAAGCAAUGUGGAGUGCAGCCAGAUUCUCCUGGGAGACUGGUCAAAGCAAUACCACAGGGGGAGGCAGUGGGUGGCAGGGAGCCCUGGGCGCUGUCACCUCUUGGGUUUCCUGUGCUAGGCCAGGGCCAGGUCAGUCUGGAUGCCUGAGCCUGCUAUAUACUGAGCACUGAAUGGAGUAGGGUGGGCUGCUGGCCAGCUGCACAUGGGCUCUCAUUCUUCAAGCUACUCAUUCAGCAGGUAUUUGCUAUAAGGCAAGCUCUGUUCUAGGCACUGAGGGUACUACAGCAGUAAAAGAAUACUCUGCCUUACAGAACUUGGAGUCUAGAAACUGGUGCGAUGAUUUUGCAUGAGAUGUGCCAGGCUGGGGGACGGACAUAUAGGAGGGGCUCCUAGGCCUAAGGGGGCCACAUGGAAGGA